CAAUAUUUUCCAUCUAAUUUCGAUAUUUUUUUGUCAAAUGUAGGUCGGAUAGACUGAAUCUUGAGUUUAUGGGUCAAAUUUUCCACUUAAAUCUUGAGUAUUGGUUCAACUUCGCCGACUCAGACGGCGAUAGCCGCUUGACUGGCAAUGAUGCUAUGAAAAUUUUCGCCAUGUCCAAUUUGUCUAGGCCUGAACUCAAGCAGGUAUAUUCUGUUAUGUGUCUGGAUGGGGAAUUAUUGUACGCACAUAGUAGGUAGGUGAUGUGGAUGAAUAAUUUAAUAUCGAUUAUGGAAAGGACCUUCUCUCUCUCUCUCGGAGGAAAAAUGUUAAAUGUGCGAUUGGUCUACUGCUUAAGAAAUAUUAUUAGUAUAGUCGAUUUGGAGUUUUUUUUAAUUGUUUUGGUUAUUGGUUUAGUAAGUGAGUCGAAGUGCUAGAUUUAUGAAAUCUGAUGUACCUGUAUCUGCGUUUUAAUUUUAUGCACUCCAAAGUGGAAAUUGUCAAUGUCAAAGGCAGUUUUGAUAUAUUCAUCUACCAGCGGAAAACUCUAAUUGCCGUUAGGAGAUGAAAUUGAAUUACUAAGACAUUGAAGGAUUUUACCUUCGAAAUUUUUGUUAUCUCUCUUUUGCUGUUUACCUUUAUUGCAUUGAUCAUCGUCCUUACCAGGGUUUUAGAGCCAUAGCGAGCCAUAUUUCUUUUCAAUUGCUGGACUUAUGGAUUAUCCGUUCUCUAGUUUGUUUGACCAUUGUGAUUGCUACCACAGUUGGUAAUUUGCUCUUGAAACAUGUUUGUUAGCGUAUUUGAAGUGGCAGAGGAGUUUGAAUUGAACUCCAGAUAUGUUGAAUCCACAAUUUCUUAUGUUGUCUUGGGAACAUUGUUGGCUGCUUUGGUCCCUGUUCUGGGCUUUAAUCCGGUCAUGGCAUCCGAGCAUUUUGCUUCAUUUUUGGUGUUUAUUAUUAUUCAUGUUGUAGCUCUUGUUUACUAUAUUAAAGGGAUUCUGUCACUAAGAAUGUUAAAAGUGGCUGUUACGCUUGUGUUUUCAGUUGGCCUGGUAAUUUGCUGUGCCAUGGUGACUGUACUUAUAGCAUUAGUAGCCUCCAGCCCAACUAAGGGUUGGAGUGGGCGUAGUCUAAGUCUGCUUGAUCCGCAUGCUUUUUGCCACUUUCUGAUGCAAGCUCCUUUAGCAUCCUUUACAUAGUUACAUUAGUAUAUUUUUCAGGUGUCAUGGUGCCACUAAUGCUUGUACUUGGUCCAGCAGUAUGCAAAAUGCCUGGAAUUUCUCUUUUAGGAGCUUUUGAUGUUCUUACUCAUUCGCUCAAAUUUCAGUUGCCUAGUACAUCAGAAAUUUUUACAUCUGAUUAGAGAAGGUUCAUUGUGUCUGGGCAGCAGCAGAAG